AUGUUGAUUAAAAAUCAGAUAAUCAGCACCAUGGAGACCCAAGCAAGUAAUGGGCCAGGCAGCAUAGGAAUCCUUAAUGGCACCAAUGGUGCAGCUGAUGACAGCAAAACAAAUUUGAUUGUCAACUAUCUGCCUCAGAACAUGACCCAGGAAGAAUUUAAGAGCCUGUUUGGCAGCAUUGGAGAUAUUGAGUCUUGCAAGCUGGUCAGGGACAAAAUCACAGGUCAGAGUCUGGGAUAUGGAUUUGUUAAUUAUGUAGACCCAAACGAUGCGGAUAAAGCCAUAAACACCCUAAAUGGGCUGAAACUUCAGACUAAGACUAUCAAGGUAUCCUACGCUCGACCAAGUUCAGCCUCCAUACGUGAUGCAAACCUAUACGUUAGCAGUCUCCCAAAAACAAUGAACCAGAAAGAAAUGGAGCAGUUGUUCUCUCAGUAUGGCCGAAUCAUCACCUCACGUAUCCUGGUGGAUCAGGUCACAGGUGUUUCCCGGGGUGUAGGUUUCAUACGGUUUGAUAAGAGGAUAGAAGCAGAAGAGGCCAUCAAGGGUUUAAAUGGACAGAAGCCACUUGGUGCCAGUGAACCAAUCACAGUAAAAUUUGCCAAUAAUCCCAGUCAGAAAACAGGCCAGGCGCUGCUCACACAUCUGUACCAGACCACUGCCCGGAGGUACACUGGGCCCCUGCACCAUCAGACACAGAGGUUCAGGCUGGACUCUUUAAUAAACAUGGCGUAUGGCGUCAAGAGGUUCUCGCCCAUCACCAUAGAUAGUGUUACCAAUCUUGCCGGUGUCAGCCUGACUGGUCCAACCUCCGCUGGCUGGUGCAUCUUCGUGUACAACCUGUCACCAGAAGCAGAUGAAAGUGUACUGUGGCAGCUUUUUGGCCCAUUUGGUGCAGUGACGAACGUCAAGGUGAUCCGGGACUUCACCACCAACAAGUGCAAAGGUUUUGGAUUCGUAACCAUGACAAACUACGAUGAGGCCGCCAUGGCUAUAGCAAGCCUGAAUGGAUACCGACUCGGGGACAGGGUCUUGCAGGUGUCAUUCAAGACCAGUAAACAGCACAAAGCAUGAAAAUGAAAGAUAUGAAAGAGAGUCGGGGGUGGGGAAGAGAGGGGAGGAAGAAGAGAGGGUGCAGAUAGGUGGAGGAAAGAAUAGUGGAUACAUGAAAUAGUGUGUUGGUAGAGGCAGAGGAACAAAAGUGAUUCCUGGGCUGGAAUCUCUAGGGCACUAAUACACAGCAUGGCAUCUGUAGGGAUGACUUGGGAUAUAGAACCUGGUAUCUGUAGGGCUGGACGCAGAAAUGUGGAGGCAAGCAUGAUAAUAAUAUAGAAAAAAAAUCAUAUUUCCCAUGGGACCUCUAUAUUUGGAAUAGAAGACAGAGCUUGAUGAUCAUCUCUGCUAAUUUCACUCUCUAAAGGUGAACUGGUUAACUCUGCCCAUCACAAAGCAUGGAUCCCCUAACACCUCCACUGCUUUUGCUUUCAGUAGAACCCUUCUUCCCAUCCUCCUCUCUUCCUCGAAAACAAAGAUAAUAAACGAAGAAAAAAAGAGACAGGCGCAGAAGUAAAAGAAAGAGAGAAAAAAAUUAUCUAUUUUUAUAAAAAAGGAAAAAAAAUCCUGUGAGGAAUUAAAACCUUUCAAACCUGUCCCAAAUGUAGACAUAAUUCUUCUUUAAAUCCUAUAAUGUGGGUUCCCAGAAAAAACAUUGUUUUUAUAUUAUUGGUUUUAUUUUUAAAAAUAAGAAAACAAUUGAAUAAGAUUAAUUCAUUCCCUGCCAUCACUCUUUCAACAAGAUUGAAUUAAUUAUGUCAUACAUUGUUUGAUUUUUUUUUAGCUUAAUUUAAUUCAAUUGUGAUCAAAGUAAUUCUCCAUAUCUUGUUACACUUCAGAGGACCCCUGAUACCAUGAAAUAAGAGCCCAGGGGGAAAACAUAGAAACAUGUAUUUUUAUUAAUAUUGUUAAUGAAUUUUGUGCCAGGUUUUUAGGUUGAAACAUUUCUGGGACUGGAUCGAAAUGUGACAGUUAUAGCUCCAGCCCCACUUAUCCGGGACAUUUGCCUCCAAAUAAAUUCACAAUUAAAUCUUCCAAUUUAAAAAUAUAGAUAUAUAUAUAUUUUUGAGGGAUACCAGAAAAUUGUAAUUUUGAAACUGUUUCAAUGUAAAAAUUCCUAAAUGAGUAAUAAUUGUAUAUAUUGGAUACAAAAUGAUUUUUUUCAUAUAGAUAUGGGCUAGCUCUUGGCAUUGGUAGAGUGAACAACUUUAGAGCAUCAAUUAUUUGGAUGGAGGAAAUAUAAGAGUGUGAUCAAGUUUAUCACUGUGUUAUAGCCAAUCACUGAAAGGAUUACCAAAUUGUGUGGAAACUAUGGGUUCUGAUUGGCUGAUCUCUUAAAGAUGUUAUGGGCUAUUACUCAAAAGAUUCCAAGAAUUAGUUGGACUAUGUAAGGUUUAUUUGAUGGACAAUAUGAGCCUUUUUGCAAAGCAUUUUAAAAUAAUGGCAAGGUCAUCUUUACAGACUGACUAAUUUCAGGGUGAUUUCAUUGCCUUUUGCUCAAAGGAUUCUGGGACUGCUUUUUAUAUGGAUACCAAUAUAUACUUUUUGUAAAUUGAAUAUUGGUUUAUCUGAACCAGGGAGCCUCAAAAAAGGAAUUUCACUUCUACGACCAGAUAGCCUUGAGUUGGCUCUCCUCAAAACAUAUCUUGAGUUUCAAAAGGAGGGAAAAGGGAGAAAUCACUUUAUUGAAUCACGGAAAGUGGGACUUCAGCCUUAAUUUGAAGCAAAUAAUAAUAAACCAGAUUAUUAGCUUGGCGUUCAUUUAUUGUGUAGCAGAAAUUAGUUGGAAAAAAUAGGUUGUUUAUUACUUAAGUUAGCGUCUGUUCUAGAAGUCGUUUUCUCGUUUAUUUUUGGUUGUCCCCCACCAAAAAAUAUCUUUUGAUGUGUUUUUAAAAUAUUAUUUAAUGGGUUUUCUUGUGUUUCUUUAAAAACAAACAGUGGUUAGUAAGGAGUAAAAACAUACUUCCAUUCCACUUAUUUCAUUUAGAUCUUUGUGUUAUAGUUUAUGUGUGGUUAUUCUGGCUGUGUUUAGUAGAACGUUGUAGGAUCUCUUGCUAAAUAAUAAAAAGCGAAGAAUUGACAAAGGACAAAAAAGUAACAUUUAUGUAAACAAAAAACUAAAAAAAAAAAAGAAUAUGAAAACCUGGCGAGAUCAUUUGAAUUGUUGUUUUUAACUUAUUUCGAAGUAUUUAUUCUUUAUUUGUGUGGGUAUAAAAUAUGUGCAUAUUUAUGUUCGUUCCGAGCCUAAGUAAUCAAAAAAAACAUUAUUUUUGUUUUCUUUUCUUUAUUGUAUGGCCCUUUCCACAUAGGAAGGAUGGCCUAAUGUGUCUUGAGAAGGUGAUAAUUUAUUUAAUGGAGGAAAUAAAGGGGUUUGAAACAUUGUUUAAAAAAAUACAAAUAAAAAAAAAUAAUGUGCAUUUUUUAUAAGCUGGUUUGAAAUCCAAGGAGCGGAAAGCACUGAAUAGUAAUUUUAAAAAAGUAUAAAAAAAAAGAAAUAAAAAGAUAAUUAUUAAUAA